UAAGUGUUUGGACCGCAUCCCAGGUGUUGAACGCACCAGACGCAGUGAGGCUAUUCCUGACUACUACAGCAGGAGGCAGCAAUAACACCAGAUUCUAGAAGAAGAAGAAAAUGAAGAAGAAGAAGACAAUCUGAAGCAGACCAGGAAGCGACGAGGUUGUUUUUAUUGACAGAAAUUUGAAUGAAGAUGGGACUGAGACAAAAUGUAGGUUUAUAUCAAACAAAAAACUAUUUCGCUUUGUUUUGAAGGUAAGGUCGUAGUCUCUCAAGUCCCAAUCAUCUAAAUGUUCUCGGAAGCAUUACAGCAAACAUACUAGCUGGUUUACCUAGCCUCAUUUCUAACUUGCUAGCUACGUUAGCAUGCUACCUCCAAGCCACAAAUUAAUCGGUUAUCUAUGGGAAUCGUUGUCCAAGCCACUACAAAGGUGCAUGGCUCCUCUAAAUGUAAGACGCCUGUAUGAGUGACGCACACCACCAUGGGCCAGCGAAGGAGGGGGGCAGCUUUCCACGCUCCCCCAGCCAACAGACAUCCUGAUGGGCUCACAGUGGCUCCCCAGGCCCCUGCCAGGAAGCACAACAUCUGCAUGGUGUCAGACUUUUUUUACCCCAACAUGGGAGGGGUGGAGAGCCACAUCUACCAGCUGUCUCAGUGUCUGAUAGAGAAGGGUCACAAGGUGGUGAUCGCCACCCACGCCUAUGGCUGCAGGAAGGGGGUCCGAUACCUGACCAAUGGGCUCAAGGUCUACUACCUGCCCCUGCAGGUGAUGUACAACCAGUCCACAGCUACCACCUGCUUCCACAGCCUGCCGCUGCUGCGCUGCGUGUUUGUCAGGGAGUGUAUCACCGUGGUGCACGCCCACAGCUCCUUCUCCGCCAUGGGCCACGAUGCAUUGUUCCACGCCAAGACCAUGGGCCUCAACACGGUGUUUACUGACCACUCCCUCUUUGGUUUUGCUGAUGUUAGCUCGGUACUGACCAAUAAGCUGCUGACGGUGUCUUUGUGCGACACCAAUCACAUUGUGUGCGUGUCGUACACCAGUAAGGAGAACACCGUGCUUAGGGCAGCACUUGACCCCGAGAUUGUUUCUGUCAUCCCCAACGCUGUCGACCCCACAGACUUCACCCCCGACCCUUCCCAGCGCUGUGACGACAAGAUCACCAUCGUAGUGGUCAGCCGCCUCGUCUAUCGUAAAGGAAUAGAUCUUCUGGGUGGGAUCAUCCCAGAGCUGUGCCUCAAACAUCCCGAUCUACAUUUCCUGAUUGGUGGAGAGGGACCAAAGAGAAUCGUGUUGGAGGAAGUGAGAGAGAAAUACCAGCUACACGACAGGGUGCGUCUCCUGGGGGCCCUUGAGCAUAAGGAUGUGCGGGGGGUCUUGGUCCAGGGACAUAUCUUCCUCAACACCUCCCUGACCGAGGCCUUCUGCAUGGCUAUAGUGGAGGGGGCCAGCUGUGGACUACAGGUGGUAAGUACGCGUGUUGGAGGGAUCCCUGAGGUUCUACCUGAGGAUCUGAUCACCCUGUGUGAGCCCACCGUGCGUUCUCUUUGUGCCGGCCUGGACAGUGUCAUUGCUAGACAACGAUCGGGCAGCGUCGCCUCCCCAGCUUCCAUCCACGCCCACGUCUGCACCCUCUACACCUGGAGGAAUGUCGCAGAGAGGACAGAGAAGGUGUAUGACCGUGUGGCUGGGGAGAAGGUUCUUCCUCUGGACAGACGGCUGCUCAGACUGAGAACCCACUGUGGCCCUGUGGCAGGCUCUAUCUUUUCCUUCUUCGCUGUCCUCAACUUCCUCUUCCUGCUCUUUCUCCGCUGGCUCCUCCCAGACUGCCUCAUAGAUGUUGCCAUGGAUGCCACGGGGCCCCAGGGGUUGUGGAGGCAGGGCUUGGGCGAUAGGAAAGGAACUCACUCUAAAAGUGCCAUGUUGACAAAGGAGGAGCCAGGUGGUCAAAAGACCAAGCUAUGAUGAUAACUCCAAGCAAACACAACUCCUUAUCCUCAACCUUAAUAUAACUGCUUAAAAAAAUCUUAACUUGACCUAUGACCCAACUACCUAAUCACCUGUGGAUACUGACCACAGAAUUGCAGAAUGUUUUAAGGGGAACCCUGAUGUUUACAAUAGGAUGAGUGUUCUUGCUCAGGUUAAGACGGUUAUAGAUAUACGUUUUAUUCUUUGUAACCCCGGAAUGAACCCUAAAACUGAAGUACUCCUGUAUUAAUGUUCCACUCAUAGUUUUUGUAUUUUAUAAAGAAGGAUAUAGGUUCAUAGAGAAUUAUUUGAUUAAGGAAGGAGGUUGGGGGGUACACCGUUAUUACAAAAAUGCCACAUUGAAUGCCACUGGUUGCCAUAGACAGCACUAUAAACGUUAAGGGGAGUCUGUAAUAGCAUAGUUUUGUAUUCCAACCCCACCCACUAACCAAGUUCCCUUCCUUGUCCUUUUAUGGUUGAAUUUCAUUUUUUGUAGUUCUCUGCUGUUUAACUUUUUUACUUAUAUCAUGUCUUUGUUGGGUGGUUCCUCUGCUAUGGAAAUUGUUUUUUUUUGUGUGUUUUUUUUUUACAAAUGUUUGUGAGCUCAUGCUUAAGGCUGUGUGUACUCUGAUGCACUGAUUUCUGAACCUUGACCUAUGAUGGAAAUAAGGAAAGUAAAGUCUGUUUCAGGAUGACCUAUUUUAUCACCCUUUUUUCUGAUCAAGGAUUUUCAAUAGCUAGGGCCUCAAACUUGUUGUACGUCCUGGAAUAAAAACAUCACUGUUUUCCCUGUAAA